AUGCUCGACCCUUCCUCUCUUCUCCUUUUCCCCGGCCGAAACGAUCGCCUUUUUCGUAUUCUAAAAAUGAUUGAUCCCGUGACGGUGGGUGUUGUCACGAUUCUUGUUGUUGCCGCGAUCAUCUUCUACUAUUUUGCUAAGCAAGGAGAUGAUGACAAUAAAUAUGACAAGUUGGCCAAAGAAACAACUCGCUUGCUUCAACAAGAAAAGAAACAAGUCUCAAAGCCAAAAGUGAACAAGAAUAAGAAGGAAAAGAAGAAAAAUCAUGAUGGAAAGAUUGCAAACGAGAAUACUGCGCCGAGAAAAGAUUCGGACAGCGAUCUCUCGGAGGACAUCACCGAGCGAGAGACACUCACUCCACAAGAAUCAGUGAAAGAGCAAAACAAAGGAAAAACUGCUUCGCCAAAUAUUGAAAAUGAACCGAAAGGAAAGAAAGGAAAGCAAAACAAGAAAGAUCGGCCAGCUUCUCCACCAGCAACCGAGCAACCGGUUGUCCAUAUUGAGGCAACGAUUGUUCAUACUGAGCCUGAAGUGAUUGAAGAAGUGAUCGUCAAGAAAGAGGCUCCAGCUGUAGAAGAAGGAUCUCACAAGAAGGAGAAAUCCGCUUCAAAGAAGAAAAAGAAGAAUGCACCACCACCCAGCGAUCUUGAUGAACACAAAGUGCUUGGACGUUUGGCUGAUAUUGAGGAGAUUGAGCCAGAGUAUGUCGCCUAUUUGGCUCAAUAUUUCACUGAUGUCAAUGAAAAGACUACUCAAAUGACAAUGAAUUUGAGUCAUCUUGAGAAGAAUUUGUCGGAUCUUCGUCAAAAAGCUGAAGGGCAUUGUGCGGCUAGAAUGACAGCUGAAAAAGACUCGCAAUCAUAUCAAAGACAUGCUGCCGAGUUGAGCAAAAAAGUGAAUCAAUUGGAGAAAGAUGUUGAGCAACAAAAGGGACAAGCUGAAGUUUUUAAGAAGAAAGCUGCUGAAAGUUCGGCUCUUGUCGUUGUAAAUGCUGAUGCAACAGCUGAAGUGCAACGUCUCAAACAGAAUGAGCACACUUCUCAACAACAAAUCCAAAAGUUAAACCAACAAGUGAAAGAUUGGCAAUCGAAAGUCGAGCAUUUGACCAAAGAAGCUCAAUCACUUCGAUCAAAUUCGGAAAGUAAUCAAAGCACACAAGGAGAACUUGUCAAGCUUCGGGAAGAGUUGAAAGAGCGAGAAGUGGCCAUUUCUCAAGUUCGAGCAGAGUUCAAUGAGCUGGAGUUGAUGACGAGGGAUUUGAUUGCCGAAAAGGAGAACCUCGAGAAACAGAUUCCAACGCAAGAAUGGAUCCCAAAAAAGAUGGCCGAGGCUACAGAGGAUGCGUUGAGAAAUCUCAAGUUGGAGAUGAAAGAUAAGGAGAAAGAGAUUCAAGAGAAUCAGACAAAUUGGAACAAGAAAGAAUCUGCUCUAAUGGUCGAGCAGAAGCGAUUGGCGGCUCUCGUCGAGAGUCUUCAACAAGAAAUCGCGAAAUUCGCUCAAUUCAAAGACGAAAAAACGAAACUCGAAACGCGUCUCGCUGAGAGCGAGGCCGAACUGGUGAAAGCUCGCAAAGCUCUCUCCGAACAGGACAUUGUUGUCAGUGCUGAGGAUGGGUUGAAGGCCGAGAACGCAACUCUGAAGUCCGAGCUUUUGGCGGUGCGCACCGAGUUGAACACCCUCAAGGCGAAUCAUCAAAAGGAAGUUGCCUCACUGCAAGCCAAAGCUGCAUCAUCGGUUGAAGAUGUGAUUGUGCUGAAGAAGACAAAGGAUCAACUUGCUGCUGCACCCUCGUCGCACAAUGGAGAAGAGAUUGAGAAAUUGAAACAAGAGAACAAGAGACUCCACGAUAAGAAUGAGGAGCUUCGUGCUCGAAAUCAUGAGGUGGUUGACGUUGUGCACGAGUUGGAAAAGAGAUUGGGAAAUGGUGGUGGAAAAGCGGGAGUAUCCGAUGAAGUGCACAAAGAAAGCAAUAAGAAGAAAUCGAAGGAAGACUCGAAAGAAGGGGUUGAAGAGGAGAGAACUCUUGUGGCAAGUGCACUCCAAUCAAUUGCUGAUCUCCCUAAAUAUCCGCAAGGAGCUGAUAAGAAAAAGUAUACCAAAUGGCUGAACGAUGUGUCGAGCUCACUGAAGAAACGCUUGGAAGCUCCAGUUACCUCAACCAACAAUAACAACAAUGAUGAGUCGGCUGUCUACAAAGAAGCCUUGCAUCGAUUGUCCACCGAAUUGGCCACAAUCGAAAAGGCGUGGAGCGAACAAGCGCACAAAUACGAGAAAACAAUUGCCGGAUUCGAGAAGAAACUCCAUGAUAAGCACCACGGUGAGUCAAAAUCGUCAAAAAAGGAGAAGGAAGGGAGCAGUGGAAAAGUGAAAGGGAAAGCGUUGAGCUCAUCGGAAGGCGAAUGGGAAGUCGUGGCA